CUUUUUAACCCUAACACCCUUUUCUUUAGCCGCCCUUCAUCCUUCUCUUUAUCUCUCUUUGGUUAUUUAUUUAUUUAUUAAAUUUUGGUCGUCUUCUUCCUUUUUUGGUCACAAGUCGUCUUCUUCCUCUACUCUUUCUCGCUGUAUCGAUCUCUCUCCCUCUUCUCCUCCUCUUCCCACUGCCCAUACACCAUACUCCUCUACCUCGACGCCGGCGAGCUUCAUCGCGAGGAGGAUAUUGGUUUGCGUGAAGGUUGAUUCGCCGCCGCUCUCUCUGCCACCGCACAGAUCUGUUUGUGUUUUUCUGUUUUGAGUGACACCUCUUAAAGGGUAAGAGCGAACUGUACGGAGCAGGAAAUUUCUAGGUAGCUAUGUUGCUAAUCUAGCAUGCCAAUCAACCUUCUGUCACCGCAGUUGCUAAUAUCAAGCAUGGAAAUGGGUCAGCUGGAACCCAUGAUGAAAGAUGUGGAUUCAAUAGUACCAGAGAUUCAAAUGGGAGGGAUGAAUUCUGUAUCUAGUAAUUCCGAAUCACAGCAGCUUUCGAUAUCAAACAAACAAAUGGGACUGAUGCUGGAACCUGUGCCUGAUAAUCCAAGGUUGCAUGGCUUAUCGAUGACAUACUCGCAAAUGGGACAGAUUGCCAAUUCAAAUGGGACUCAUGGUCCACAGAAACUUUUAUCACCUAGCAAUCAUCUGGGAGAGAUUGGAUCCUUCCCUAAGAAUUUGGAAUCACAUCAGUUGUUGGGAUCAGUUAAGCGAAAGGCGCCUUCGGAACUCAUGUCUGAUAAUCCAGCAACACAUCAGUUGUCAAUGCUAAACAAGCGGGUGGCACAUAUGGAACAUAGACCAUGGUUGCAGCAAGCGCCUGCAGCAAACAGAAGAUCUGUACAAAUGGAAUCUGUGCACAAUGCCCCAUUAUCUCCUCAUUUGCCAGCGCCAAAUAAGAGAAUGGUAAAGAUAGAAUCCGGGGGAUCUGUGCAAAAUGCUCCAGGAUCACCUCAUUUGCUAGCCCCAAAUAAGAAAAUGGUGAAGAUGGAAUCCUUUUCUGGUAGGUCUGUGUCACAGCGGUCUUCGAGUCAAAAAACUCAAAUGCUGCAGUCACAACCAUCUCCCAAGAUUCAAAAAGAAUCAUUUGAAUCUGUAAGGUCCAAAAUGAGGGAAUCUUUAGCUGCUGCAUUGGCGUUGGUUAAUCAGCAGCAAGAUAAAUGUGUGGAUUCAGGGAGUAAGUCUCAGGGUGGGGCAGGAGGAAUUCAGGGGAGUACACAGGAGAAUCCCCAACCUGCCGCUGAUGCUGUUUACACUGACUCUAAAGAGCCUAAGGAGAAUUUCACUUCCAGUGAAACUUGUUCCAUUAGGAAAAGUGAUGAUGGUGAAGGUGCAGGCCAAAUGAUUUUGGCUGAUGCAACUACAAGUGCUUCUGCAUUGACACCAAUAUGCGAUGGCAAGGAAUUCCAAUCAAGUAAUAUUCUGCGUUAUGAAGAUGUUUCAUUUAAUGACAACUUGUUUGUGAAAGAUGAACUUUUGCAGGGAAAUGGUCUCUCCUGGGUAUUGGAUUCUGAGAUGGAAAUGACAGAGAGAAAAGACAUUCAACCUGCUGAAAAACAGAAGUUGGAUCAUGAGGAGAUGGAUAGACGCCCAGAAGAACAAGCAGUUCAAUCUCCAGAAGAGUUGGCCUCUAGAAUUGAAGCAGAACUUUUCAAAUUAUUUGGAGGUGUGAAUAAGAAGUAUAAAGAGAAGGGAAGGUCCCUUUUGUUCAAUCUAAAAGACCGUAAUAAUCCAGAACUAAGAGAGAGAGUUAUGUCUGGAGAAAUACCUCCAGAACGGUUAUGUUCUAUGACAGCAGAGGAACUUGCUUCAAAGGAGCUUUCUGAGUGGCGAAUGGCAAAGGCUGAAGAGCUUGCCCAAAUGGUUGUUUUACCAGAUUCAGAAGUUGAUAUGAGACGUUUAGUGAAAAAAACACAUAAGGGUGAAGUUGAAGUUGAACAAUAUGAUAGUGCUUCAGUGGAGGUUCCAGUUGAUACAUCUUCACAUGCUCAGAGCCUACCAAGAAGCAAGGAGAUGGAAGUGUCUACCCCUUUGAAACCUGAUAAACCCAAGGACGAAGGGAAUGCCUCAGGUGAGAAGAGCACUACAGAAGACAAGACUACUCAAUGCACCUUUACUAUUCCUUCUACUGAAGCGACUGAUUUUAUGCAAGGGCUUAUGGUGGAUGAUGGAUUGAAGGAUCUUCCUCCAAUUGUUUCCCUAGAUGAGUUCAUGGAAUCCCUGGAUUCAGAGCCGCCAUUCGAGAUUUUACCUGAGAAAGUGACACCCAUCUCAGACAAGGAUGAUUCUGAGACAGGCUCUGAAUCAAAGCCUUCGGUUCUGAGUCCCAAAAACACUGUUGAUGUCCCUCCACAAAAGCUUGAUGAAAUUGAUACAACAGAUUCAAAGUCGGAUGCUGACUUGAAAACCAGUGGCAGUCAUGCUGUGAUAAAAACCAGCGACCAUGCUGAUACAAAAUCCCGCAACGUUUGUGCCGAUGUGAAAUCCAGUGGCAGUCCUGACAAAUCAGUAUCUAGACCUCUUGGCACACCAAAGGGUGAACGUGUAUGGAAUGGCUCCCUCCAGCUGAAUCUCUCACCCAUGGCCUCUGUUAUUGGCAUCUAUAAAAGUGGUGAAAAAACCUCUGCAAAAGAGUGGCCUGGUUUUCUCGAUAUCAAGGGCAGAGUCAGACUUGAUGCUUUUGAGAAAUUCCUGCAAGAGCUUCCACAAUCACGAAGCCGUGCUGUCAUGGUCGUGCAUUUUGUUCCUAAAGAGGGUUCGUCAGAAACUGAAUGUGCAAGCCUUCGUGAGGUGGGAGAAUCGUACAUUGUGGAUGAGAGAGUUGGUUUUUCUGAGCCUUGUUUUGGAGUGGAAAUUUAUUUUUGCCCUCCCCAUAAUAAAACCUUUGACAUGCUCAGCAAGAUCAUUCAGAAGGAACACAUUGAGGCACUUAACACUAUAGAUAAUGGUCUUGUUGGUGUUAUUGUGUGGAGAAAAUUAACUUCACCAAAAUCAUCAUCGCACCACAAGCACAUUUCAAAAAAGCAACACUAUUCUUCUUCUACUACUACUAGUUCUAGGAGACAUGAUACAAAUUCGAACACCAAUUACACUUCCAGACCCGCCCAGGCUCGGGCUGUACCCCCUACCAACACUAGAUCUGCACAUGAUGAUGAUGACGAUGUCCCUCCUGGGUUUGGCCCCGGAGCUUCUCGGGAUGAAGAUGACCUUCCAGAGUUCAAUUUUAGUGGUGGAGCAAAUCCAGCUCUGCCUCAGUAUUCUGCCCAAAGGCCCUCUAGGGGGCCUGGAGUGGCGGCCCCAGUAUACCCCAAGUCCCAUACCCCUUCUCGCCCUGUAGAUCAAAUGAGAGAGCUGAUUCAAAAAUAUGGGCAAAACAAUAGUAGUACGUAUCAGAUCCCAGGGUGGCAGCCUAAUGCGCCCACAGAAUCCCUAACCCAGUACCAGCCACCGCAACAGCGGCCGGUGAAUAAUUACCAGCAGCAGCCAAUGUUGCGACCCCAUUUGCCAAACCAACAACAUUUGGGUUUAGUACAGCCGCAGCAGCCAUUGCAAUCUCUUCAACCCACAGUGAAUGUGGCACCAAACUUACAAAACCCUAAUCUCUCUUGGCAGCAAAGUCCCUUGUGGGCUCCACCAGCACAAGGGGGUGGGAGGUAUGCAAGUAAUCUAAGUUGUCAGCCCGAAGCUGGUCAGUUUUAUGGAGAACCCGAUAGAGGAGCAGCUGCUCAGUCAGGAUUAGCCUGGCGACCAAAUGCUCCUAAAAGCAGAGGGUUUUAGAUUUUCUCAUUUUUAUCAUAUGUAAAGUUAAAUCUUUUCUUUGUAUUCUGAAGAUCUCUUUCUUCUGUAAGCACUAGUGUUCUACUGGGUUAUGUAGACUUUUCGAACAAAAACACGAGCUAUUAUUCUAGCUACGGUUGCUAACCCAAA